AUGGUUAUACUUGCAGCAGGGAGAAGGAGAAUCACAUCUAAGCUAACGAAAUCCAAAUGUGCAUGCAGUACUGGAUUCACUGUGCCGGUAGAAACCUUAGAGCAGUCAUGGCAUACUUUCUCGGAACCCCAGUACGAACCAAUGGAGUUGAUGAUGUGGUGGCAAUGGCAGAACCAAGUACAAGAGUUGGAGUUCAAAUAUGCCAAUGAUGAUAUAUAUAGUGAUUUUGGAUCGUUCGAGGCUAGUUUCCCAUGUUACCAUGAAAAUCGAGAUAAUACUAUAAGAAAAGUGGCUCCCCUUAAUGCAGUAAUAAUGGAUGGGAGUGACGACAGUGGCGGAAAUGGUUCUUGCAUUGAAAUUCCAACAGGAAUCACAGGAGCAAUGGUAGAGAGCUCUUCUUCUUCUUCAAGCACCCAGCAGCAGAAAAGAUUUGGACGGUCCAAGUCGAUUUCAAUAGAUUUGGAAGACAUUAAGAGACAUUUCAAAGUUCCAAUAACAAAAGCAGCCAAGGAAAUGAAGGUGGGCUUGACAGUUUUGAAGAAGCGCUGCAGGGAGCUUCAAAUAAAGAGAUGGCCCCAUCGCAAGAUUAAGAGCCUGUCUUCCCUCAUUCACAACGUUAAGAACCGUGAAUGUGAGAAGGAGUUGGGAAUGACAGAAGAAAUACAGAAGCUGGAGGAACACAAGAGGGAAAUGGAGAAGUUGCCCCAGAUGGCGCUUACAGAGAAAACCAAGAAGCUGAGGCAGGUUUGCUUCAAGGCCAAGUACAAGAUGAGGAGAUCCUUGGCUGCUGCUGCUGCUGCUGUUGCUACAGACUAG